AUGCUCAAUCACGUGGUUCCAGGAAUGAAAAUAUUACGCUCGUAUCAGCGCUUGAAAAAUCCAGAACCACGAGAAGGAUCUAUAAAAAAAUUCCUGCAUAUCGUUCUGAUUUUUGGGGCUUCAGCUAAAUUAACUCUACCAAAAUCUGGCUUAUUCACCAGUCCUCCGCUGUCAAAGUCAAGGAACUCAACUACUUCAAGUGAGUCUUCGACUUCUAUACCAACCCCUAAAAGCACGGUAGUUCGGGAAGUCGGAAAUCGUCAGGUCAAAGUGAUCCUAGUGCCACAAGAUAUCUUGACUUUAAUAAUUCAAGUCUAUAUGAUGAUGAUGCUUGCUUUGACGAAGAUAGAGCUAACUAUGACUCUGAUGGUGAUGCCUUAUCUAAGCUGA